UUAAUUAUUUUCCACGAAUCGCCUGUACAAAAUAAAAUUUUAUUUAAAAAAUAAGAAACAAAUAUGAAAUCACAAAGAUAUCUAUCAAAUUACAAGUGUGAAUGCUAUGGCCACACAUUUUGCAAUUGUCCCGACAAAUCGGGCCACGGCACAAUUUUCAUGGAAAACAUUUACGAUGUCGCCGAGACAUUGGCACAAAUUAUGGUCAUCUGUGGCAUACAUCAGGCCAAGGCGAAGGCGGCCAUCGAUGUGAUAAUCUACUCGUUCAUACACUAUGACGAGAUAAGGCAUCGCAUUGAUACCGUGCCACGCAAGCGACUCUGCAAGGAGGAUCUUAUACAUGAUCUGGGACGCAAGUGUCUAAUGAGUCGCAUGGAGGCGCAACUGACUUACUCUAUCAUCAAACGUGCAUUUAAGGCCUUCUAUCACGGAACCAGUGAGGGCGGUAUACGCAAUCCCAUACUGGAAGCGCAAAUGGUGCACUCUCAGGAGUGUCUCUGGGUACACGCUGCCAAGCGUACGGCACAAAUAUUUGCCAGCUAUGAAGGCCUGUUCUUCUCGGCUCAAAAGAAUUAUGAAGCUCUAAUAAAAUGUUUAUACAAGAAGCUUUACGAUCGUCUACAAUCGCGCACUAAUCCACUCAUAAUGAGUGAUUGUUUGUGUAAGGGUUGUGUACAACGGACCGUCAUGGAAUUGCCCAAGCCAUCGCGAAGUAUGUACAGCAUACACGGUCCAAUUUCUGAUGAAGAAAAUUUAAGGGUAUUACCUGUUGUAAAUGGUGCUGGUACCGAGGCGGCUGGGGCAUGUGAAAUUAACAAAAUUACCACUGAUAAAAAUUGCAAUACGGUAAAUGGAACUGUAUCGAGUACAUCACUAAGUCUGCCACGUUGUUAUAAGUGCAAUUGUCCACGUCUGAUAUGCGACUGUGACGUGAAUCAGGAAACUGGUGUUGUUAAAGAUGAUUGUGGACAGGGGCCAUAUAAAUGUCAAUGGAAACGUAUGGAUGAGAAUGAUGUAGCAUUGAAGAGACCAUGCUUGGAGUUGCCCGUAGAACACGAAUGUCCAAUCGAUUGUGAUGGCGAAAGUGUAAUAUGCGAUCCGGAGUGUGAAUGUGAUUGCGAAAGUUGUGAGUGUCAUGGCGAAGACUCUGACUCUGAUUAUGAUGAAGCUGAAACUGUGGAGGAGAAAGUUGAAGAGGAGGAUCAACUUUCCAAUGAAGCGACAAAUUCAACUAUUUGCAACAUAUCGGGUCACGGUUUUCCAGGCGAAUAUGACGAGUGUCGUGUACCCAUUGUGGGACAUGUCGUCGAAGAGGAGCCUGAUCAAUUGGCAGCAAUCGCCAGAGUUGUAGAGCAUAUACAAAAGGGUAGUGUUACGAGUGCAGAAGUAGAAGAUGAAAUGGAAAAUGAAGGUGCUGAAAUUAAUAAAAUUUUGGCCACAUUGAUUUGAAUUUGCUGUAUUUCGGUCAGGAUUUAGUUGAGCUCUUUGGAAAUUUUAACGUUUGGAAAAAAAAUUCUUUUUUGUUAUGAGAUGAGUUGUAAUAUUUAUAGUGAUACUUAAAUAAUAAAAUAAAAUUUAUUGAAACGGUAA